AUGUUCCGGAUAACAUCGCUGAUUUCCAGCACAUCCAGCAUCGUCUGGCGAUACACGCGCUUUGGAACCUACGCUACAAAAACCAUCAGACCUCCGACCCCGGAGCCAACGGAAAAAGUGCCCGACGUGAGCACGUUCCUACAAAAGAUUGGCCGUGGUGUGUCUGAAUACACAGAGACUUUCGAGAACGACUGGCAGAAAUUCUGGGAAUUGGGCUCUUCAGGGAUGAAAGAACAGGGACUGGAGCCUCGUGCCAGAAAAUAUAUUCUGGACUGGCAGGAAAGAUAUAGGAAGGGUGCCGAGUUGCACGAGAUCCCAAGGGGCGAGAAACUUCACGGAGGAGAGCGCAAAAGAAGAAUUUACCUUGCCGAGAAAAGGCUCAAGGAAGCUAGAGAACUUGCUCAGCUGAAGAGGAAGUUCAAGAUCCAGAGCAACCAGGAAAAGAGAAAGAGAGAGAGAAUCUUCAUUGGAGCCGCAAAACCACGGCCUUCUUUCGUUCCCUCACAAGAUUUGAGCUCAAAGCACAAAAUAGCCCGCCAUGGGUUGAUAAGCCAUAUGGAAUGGCUAGGAAUGGAUCUGUUGGUGUAUCACUGCUUUUACCAGAGACCACCCUCAGACUGUUCUAUCGCAAGAACUCGGAACCGCAUUGACGCUGCCAGCUUGAGAGCUGUAACAUCUGAUUUGCACCUGUCUUGCUAA